GGCUCCUCAGAACUUCCGGGGCCGGCCCACUGCCUCUCCCCAAGGCCCGUCCCCCGCCUCUGGCCCUGCAGACAUACCUUCUCUCACCACCAUGGAGGUCGACCUGUCGGCAGCCCUGGAGUCCACCUCCAAGAAGGCCCAGGGGGCAGGCCAGGUGGGAGACCCCAAGCACGCCCCCGCCAAAGUUCAGGGAGCUGAUAACCUGAAGCACGGACAUGGCCGCGAGCACGGAAGCUCCUCAGAGUCCAGCAGCAGCUCCAGCGACUCAGAAAAUGAGGCGAAGCCCGGCGCUGCCGGCUCCGAGCUGCACAAAAGCGCCCCGGGCAAGGUCAAGAAGCCCAAGGUGAAAAAGGAGAAGAAGGGGAAGAAGGAGGAGGCUUCCCACUGACGGGCCUGGCCGGGGCUCAUUAAACCUUCUCUCGGCCUCCAGGUUGCCUUUUGUCCCCGCCCCGCCCUUCCCUAUCUCCCUUCCCGGUCCGGGCCU